CGCUUCGGUUUGGACGUGUUUCCCGAGCGAGUAAGGUGCUGCUUAGUUAGUUGCUGACUCUCGUGUUCGACUAGGUUCCGAGCAGGUUCGAUUGAUUUUUUCGUGAGUGUGCCCCGUUUUCAUUCGCGUUAUGACGAAAGUGUGGCGUUUUAAAGUUUGAGCAUAGCUAGUUCGGGCAGUUGCUAAUCUUGAUCUCGAACGGUUGCCUUGACGGAUGCGACAGUGAGUGAGACGGGUGAGUGGGAAGAAAAUCGCGAUACCUUGUGAGGUCUGACUGUGCCUGCCCUGCGAUCAGUUAGUGUCGGUUAUCGAAAGUUUCGCGAAUUGUUUGCGUCACACCGACCGCGUUGCCAAUCAAACGCAUCUGUGUUCUGUGUACGCGCGUGUGUGUGUGUGUGUGUGUGCUUGUGGGAAAAUUUACGUUCCAGUUCUCUGAGUCUCGAAACUAUUGCAAAGGCAGCAACAGACUAUUGCUUCCUGAAGUGUAAGACUACGGUGAAUAUUAAGCAGGAGCAAAGCAUCGUGAAAAGGGUGUCACAUUUUUCCCGGUGGGGCGUUUUUCUUUGGCGAAGACACGAAGCGUGGCCCACAUUUGCACUCAGGACCUCAGGCCUCUCUCCAUCAGUCUCGGCAGCUUUUGUUUGUUCGCAUACGUAAAUUUUCGGACCUUGAUUAUUACUCAACUAGCUCUCAGCCACCACUAGCCAAGUGGACCACUUUGGACUGGAUUGUUUGCUGGAGCAUCAUCAGCGAAGGGGGUGAAGAGUGGGGAGCUCAUCUGCUGAUAAUUGCAUACGCAGGCCUCACUUCAGCGCUUGAUUAUACACACAUUUGAGAUUAUCGCUUUUUGUUGCGGCUCGGAUCGGCGGAAUAACAUUUUGUUUUUUACAUAACAACGCCAGAUCGUUAUCGGUGUUGGGAGCUAGAGUUUGACUACUGAGAACUUUUUGAGUCGUUCUCAAGCGAGAAGCUGUUGGUGUUAAUUAGAAGAUUGGCUUUUAAUUUCCCAAGAAAAAAAAUCUAAAUCAAAAGUUCAACCGUAAUCGUUUGAGGGAAAAGUCGAGUUUUAGAUUUAAAAAAAAAAACAUCAUCAUAUCCGUGCGAGUGGGGUAGUCAAGUAGAAAGAAAUAAUCCAAAAGCGAGAAGCGAAAAAAAGUGAGUGUGAAAGUUUUUUUCCUCCAUUCCAGUUUGCGACGUGCGGUGCUGUUAUAGCCCAAUCAGAGUGUAUGUGUUCAGAUAUAAGUGCUCCGCAAAUGUGUACGACCACUCGGCAGCAGUUGGUAUAAUAAGCACACGGUGACCCGUGACCAGUUUCCAGUUGGGAAAGGUAGUCGCUAGUCAACGUUGAAUAAAAAAGGCCGAAACCAAAAAAAUCGAGUGGGGAAUUGUACCGAAGAAGGAAAAAAUAAAAAUAAAAAAAAUCAGCGAAUCACUGAAUAAGCAAGUUGAUUGCAGCUACUACUACGUUCAACAGCGACAGCUCCGCGAAAGCAAAAGUUGUUCGACCAACCUGUCCUCUGUCCCUUGAUCGUCGUCGCCGUCGAAGCUGUGAUCGCAUCGAAACAUCGAGGGAACAGGCGUCCGUUCAACUGCACCGCAGACACGCAAAAACAGGUUAGUGAUCGCUGCCACAGGCCUUCGUGAAGGGAGAACCCCGAUUGCUUCAAUGGGGAAGCCCCAUUCUCGGAACAACAGCACGCAACCGGUAGUAGCGCGUCCUUCUGCCGCCCAUCAUCAGUCGUCGCCGUCGUCGUGUUUGCGUGCAUUGAAUUCGUAAUACCCCCUCCUGAAUUCGAAGAAAAGCCCACCCACAAGAAAAAGGAAAAAAAUGUUCUUCGGUUGCUACUGAGCUAAAAAAAAAUAAAAGGCGGUAGAGAGCUGAAAUUCGCGCGCGCACGCUUCGUGGUUUAUUCGUGGUUUGGGUGGGAAAUUGAAAUAAUUAAUUUACCGUGAUUCAAGUGUGAGAAGUGGUGCAGGAAAAAUUGAUUCCAUUCAGUAGCAUUUCCGGUAGGCGGUGUCCGUGUCCCUGAUCUUAACUGGCUGAGUGUUUGCGCGAGUGAAUAGUAAAGUCGAAGUUUAUGAGCGCGAUAGCGAGUGUUGAAACGUUACCACCAUCGCCGCCGUCACGAUCCAUCGUCAUAUCCACGACCGCCGAGGGCAACAGGAGCACCGUGCCCAGCUAAUAUGGUCGUAAGUGAUUCCGCUCCCGAGCAACGGGCGGAAGUAGCGGGCUACCAGCUGAAGAAGAAGAAGAAUACGACGCACUGUCACCGGCAUCAUCUUCCUGGAGAGGAAUGCCUCCACCAGCGACGGUAUCACAUUUCCGGCAUGGCACUGUUGCUGUGCUCGGCAUCGCUGCUGCUGCUGUUGGCGCAGUCGAUACCCACCGGUUUCGGUGUCCUGAUGCUGGACCCGAGCCUGAACGGAACCGACCACCCCGCGUUGAAGUCGUUAGCGAAUUUAAUUUCAACAAAUGAUGUUGAUUAUGUUAAUGCAAAUAAUGAUGAUAAUGUGUCCAAUAAUUAUAAUGUUAGCACCGAUGCUAUAAUUAAUAGUGCAACCGGUAGUGACAGCAUUUUCGGCGCGAUUGCCAGUGCGAAUGGCCAAGGGCGUCGCCCCAGCAGCGGCGGUCGAAACCGACCGAUACCGAUCUACCUGAACGAGUUUGCCGUGUACAUCCCGAGUGGGCCGACGGUCGCCGACAUCAUCGCCGAUAAAUAUGGGUUCAACAAUUUGGGACAGAUCGGUCCCCUGAAAGGAUAUUAUUUAUUUCAUCACAGCCACGUCCGGAAGCGAUCUCUAGAUAGGAGCGAAGUUCACCACAGCGCACUUAACACCGAACCAGAGGUUCGAUGGAUGCAACAACAGCACGAGAAGAUCCGCCGUAAGCGCGACUAUUCGACCUUCGAUCAGGACUUUGUCCGCUUUCCGGAUCCACGCUCCAUCGCUCCCGGGAGCCGGAUCAACUAUCGGGACACUAGUUCCCACAAUAUCUUCCCGGAUCCGCUCUUCAAGGAGCAAUGGUACCUGGUGAGUAGAAAUGGUGGCGCCAAGGAUGGUUUGGACAUGAACAUUGGUCCAGCGUGGCAGAAGGGCUACACGGGCAAAGGCGUCGUGGUGUCGAUUCUGGACGAUGGCAUCCAGCGGAACCAUCCGGAUCUCGUGCAGAACUAUGACCCGGACGCAUCCUACGACAUUAAUGGAAACGAUUCGGAUCCGAUGCCACGGGACAAUGGAGACAAUAAGCACGGCACUAGAUGCGCGGGAGAGGUUGCAGCUGUGGCCUUCAACAACUACUGCGGCGUCGGUGUGGCCUACAAUGCCAGCAUUGGAGGAGUUCGGAUGUUGGAUGGCACCGUUAACGAUGCCGUGGAAGCAAAAGCUCUGGGCCUAAAUCCUGACCACAUUCACAUCUACAGCGCCUCGUGGGGUCCGGAAGACGACGGAUCCACGGUGGACGGGCCUGGGCCUCUGGCUCGGAGGGCGUUCAUCUUCGGAGUUACCAGCGGUCGCCAGGGCAAGGGAUCGAUCUUCAUCUGGGCCUCGGGCAAUGGAGGCCGGUACACUGAUAGCUGCAACUGCGAUGGCUAUACCAAUUCCAUCUUCACCCUUUCGAUCUCCAGCGCUACACAGGGAGGUUACAAACCCUGGUACUUGGAGGAAUGCUCAUCUACCCUUGCCACGACGUAUAGUUCCGGAACUCCUGGACACGACAAGAGUGUUGCGACCGUGGAUAUGGAUGGAUCGCUACGACCGGACCGAAUCUGUACGGUUGAACAUACGGGAACUUCGGCUUCGGCCCCACUGGCAGCCGGAAUCGCUGCAUUGGCUCUGGAAGCAAAUCCCUCUCUGACGUGGCGUGAUAUGCAGUACCUGGUUGUGUUGACAUCCCGUCCAGAACCUUUGGAGAAGGAGUCCGGAUGGAUCCUGAACGGCGUCAAGAGGAAAGUCAGCCACAAAUUUGGCUACGGAUUGAUGGAUGCUGGAUCAAUGGUCAGCCUGGCGGAACAGUGGACAAGUGUCCCACCGCAACAUAUAUGUAAAUCACGUGAAAUCAACGAAGAUCGCUCUAUUGAGGGAUCCGUUGGAUACACUCUGCAGACGCACAUGGACGUAAAUGGCUGCGCCGGGACGGUCAACGAAGUUCGUUUCCUAGAACACGUCCAAUGUAAAAUCACACUAAGGUUUUUCCCUCGCGGGAACCUCCGAAUCCUGCUAACUUCUCCCAUGGGAACCACAAGCACUUUGCUAUUCGAACGGCCUCGUGAUGUAACCAAGUCUAACUUUGACGAUUGGCCAUUCCUGAGCGUGCACUUCUGGGGUGAAAAGGCCGAAGGCCGUUGGACACUUCAAAUCUUGAACGGUGGUCGAAGACGCGUCAGCCAGUCCGGCAUUCUAUCCAAGUGGCAACUCAUCUUCUACGGAACCGAUCAGAAUCCAAUCCGACUGAAGAACGAAGCUCAACGGGGUUCGAUCGCCAACUACGGCAACGUCAAUCCAUUCGUGUUUCCAACCGAAACGGACAUCAAUUCACCAGCCUUGAGCGGUGCCGGAAACUACUACCAGUCGGACAUUUACUCCAACUCGAUGAACUAUCCGUUCCAGUUCAGCGGCGCAGGCAGUGGCAUCGACAAAACGGUGACCACCCUGAAUGGACACAACAUUCCAACGGCUCAGCGGGAGAACGUGAUGGCCGAUUCGAACAACAAACUGGUGGUGCUGCACGACUGUGAUCCCGAGUGCGAUUCGCAGGGUUGCUACGGUAAGGGACCAACCCAAUGCGUUGCCUGCAAGCACUACCGAUUGGACAAUACCUGUGUGAGCCGGUGUCCUCCGCGGAGUUUCCCGAAUCAGGGUGGCGUUUGCUGGCCGUGUCACGAGUCCUGCGAAACAUGUGCCGGCGCCGGUCAGGAUAGCUGUUUGACUUGCGCUCCGGCCCACCUGUACGUCAUCGAUUUGGCCGUUUGCCUGCAGAUCUGCCCGGAUGGUUACUAUGAAAAUUACGAUAAUCGAACGUGUGUGCCAUGCGAAGCCAACUGUGCAUCCUGUCAGGACCGACCAGACUACUGUACCAGCUGUGAUCACCAUUUAGUUAUGCAUGAACACAAGUGCUACUCAGCCUGCCCAAAGAAUACCUACGAAACGGAAGACUACAACUGCGCUGACUGUCACACGUCCUGUAUGACCUGCAAUGGAUCGUCCGAGUCGCAGUGCAUCCUGUGCCGUGCCGGACGCUUUGCCCACGAGGGACGCUGCCUGAAUGUCUGUUCGGAUGGGUUCUUCGGGGACAAAAAACGGCACGAGUGCAUGCCGUGUCCGAUCGGCUGUUCGACCUGCAGCAGCGGAAACAUCUGCACGGGCUGCCGCGAGAACUGGACCAUGAACAAGAAAGGCAAAUGCAUCGCCAACGGGAGCAAUAACUGUGAUGAAUCGGAGUAUUACGAAAAUGGCCACUGCCACACGUGUCACUCGACGUGCGAAACAUGCACAGGCCCCACCGAGAACGAAUGCCUGACCUGUGCCUCGCCGUUGCUGCUGCAGAACCAACGCUGCGUCAACGAGUGUAACGAGGGAUACUACAUGGAAGUUGGGGUCUGCGCCAAGUGUUUGCACACGUGCACCCAGUGCGUAUCGCGCAUGAACUGUACCAGCUGCCAGAAGGGCUUACAGCUACAGAGUGGCGAAUGCCGAACGACCUGUGCCGAUGGAUAUUACAGCGAUCGGGGCACCUGUGCCAAGUGCUACCUAAGCUGCAACACUUGCAGUGGACCACGGCGGGAUCAGUGCGUUACGUGCCCGGAGGGUUGGCAACUUGCCGGGGGUGAGUGUCAUCCCGAGUGUCCCGAGGGAUUCUUCAAAACCAAAUUUGGGUGCCAAAAGUGCCAUCACUACUGUAAAACUUGCAACGCCGCUGGUCCGCUGGCAUGUACCUCCUGUCCUUCGCAUUUCAUGCUGGACGGUGGCCUCUGUAUCGAGUGCCUCGGUUCACAGUUCUACGAUCCACCGACGCAGACGUGCAAGACGUGUCACGAUAGCUGCCGUUCCUGUAGCGGUCCCGGGCAGUACUCGUGCGUAACGUGCGCCUUCCCGCUGCAUCUCGACCGUCUCAACAACCAGUGUGUGCCUUGCUGUGCUAGCGAUGCCUCUCCCGAAGACCAGAGCUGCUGCCACUGCGACAAAGAAACCGGUGGCUGUAUCAACUCAUCGCCGGCCGGAAAACGGCGCAUCGGUGCCGAGCAGCAACUGCUCCAGUUUGGCGAAGAAGCCGCCAACGCCGGCAGCGGUAGCAACGCGGCCGAAACUAGCGACUCCGGUCUGCGACAGUUCCUCCAGGGGGCUUCACCUUCGGCCGUCACUGUUGUGGCCGUAUCGGGAUGCUUGCUGAUUGUGACGUUGUUUGCGGUGAUCUUUACCGUACUGCAGAAGCGUAACCGAACCGUCUACACUGGCGUACGGUACAACAAACUAUCCUCAUCGGGCGGGGCCCGAACCACAAGGAUAUCAAUACCAGCCGAUGGUGAUGAUUUAUUAGAACCAAUUGUAAAUAAUUCCGAAGACGAAGAGGAGGACGACGAUGACGAGGACACCGAGAGCGGUGCUGGUGGUGGCGGCGACCGAGACGUGUACCAUGAUGAUGACCACGAACUGCUCGAUGGCGCAGUGGUUGGCACUAGCAACAGUGGCCACAGCAGCAGGCAAAGCCGGUUUGCGGCCACUGGUCAUCACGGUGCACCACGGCGAGGGACAAGGCAGCAGCAGCAGCGUUCGAUACGAUUCGCAAGGACUUGAAAAUGGCAGGCGCGCGGCCGGGAAAAAAACGGUAAAAUGUGUGCUAUAAUAGGCGAUAACAAAUUACUAUAAAUAUUUACUUAAGUGUGGGGGAAAGCGCCACCGAGGGAGGGGUAGAACUUGGUUCCACAUAAAAGAGACAAAGAAAAUGGAAAACAUUCUGCCUUCCUUCAGGACAGUUCGUGGAAGCCUUGUUUGGAGAGAAAGAGAGACACGGUGAGAGACAGGAUGCGAUCGAAAAUAAAAUUUGAAGAAAAACACGAGAUGUUUAUGAUGUUGAUGACGGUGGGGAUGAUGAUGAUGACGAGAUGGCGAUAAGUGUGUAUGUGUGUGUGUGUGUGUGUGUGUGCUUGUGACUGUGCGUGGGUGGUUGGUAAACAAUCUUUUCAUUUGACAGAAAGAAAAAAAAACUUUUUUGUUACUUUUAUACACUAUUAUUACCGUAGAGAAUAGGGAAACUGACAGAAGGCGUCGAGGCGCCACGAUGGAGUGGAAAAGAUGAUUUAUACACUGUUAAGGCACUUUUCAAAUUCCGAACACAAUAGACAGGGGACAGGCGGCGAUUUUUGGAAAAGCUGCUUAUGGAAACAGAGGGAAUUGAUUGUCAUGGGAACGAGGGAAAAUUGAGCGAUUAGUAGCUUCGAUUGAACUUUUCUACGAGGAUGAGUGGCUG